AUGGCGAUAGCGAGGACCACAACGGCUGAAAGGCCGAGAGGACCGAUCAAGUCAGAGCGUAAUCGAGCAGCCGCCGCAGGAGCAUCCACUUCUAACGAUCUAGCAUCGUCGACGAGUUCGGCUUUCUAUAAGAAACGGGCUCAGGGCAAAAGCAGGCCCACAGACAACCAUGCCGCUGCUUCUGGCAGCAAUCACGGAAGCAGAUCGCGUGAUGCUCAGCCCGUGAAGCAAGGGAUUGCAGCUCAGCAGAACAAAGGACGCGGCCGUCCUGAUGCAUCGACGCCGGGACAAGUGAUUGACCAGGGCGACGACGCCGACAACCAAGAGGUGGAAAAGGAGGAAGACUCGUCCGAAGACGAAGACAUUCGCUCAAAAACAGCACUUUCUUUGGCCGAGCAUCAACUUCCCCCCCUUUCAGCUCUGGUGGAUACGCUCUCCCAGUUCCGCUACCUCCAGCGCCUCGACCUAUCCUCCAUCCAACCCUCGGACGGCUCUCCCAAGGGACUCGACACGCUCACCUGGCUCGCCAAAGCCGUCUUCCGCAGCAAAGCAGCCACCAAGGGCAAAGGCCGCGCCUUCGGCGACAACCUCACCUGGCUCAACCUCUCGUCCAACACGCAUCUCACCUCGGAGGCCUGCAUCGGCCUCGAAGCGCUCGAGGAGCUGUGCGUGCUCACGCUCUCGCACUGCGCGCUUACGUCGGUGCCUCCCUCCAUCACCCCCUUGCGCAAUCUCAAGGCGCUGGUGCUCAACAAUAACGCCAUCACUUCCUUGUCUGUGUCCUUCCCGCACUUGCCGGAGCUCAACUCGCUCAUUCUGUCGCACAACGAGAUCGAAUCGCUGCCGGCUUCGCUGCCCGCUGCGCUGCCGGCGUUGAAGAAACUCUCGUUGGGACAUAACAAGCUCAAAGGCGCCCAGAGCUUGCCCGACUUUUCGCUGUGCCUCGCGCUGCGCGAGGUGCGUCUCAACGACAACCCUGAUCUGCGAGCUUUGCCGCCGCACGUCAAGGACUGGGGCAAGGGCGCCGACGGAAAGACAGCUCCUGGAUUAGAGCUUCUCGAGCUCAAGGAUUGUGGUCUGGAUACGUGGGAGUCGCUGUCGUCACUGGUCGAGGCGGAGGAGGAGAAGGAGUCGCAACCGAGGUUGAGGCGCAAAGGGCUGACGCAGCUUCUGCUGAAGGGCAAUGGCGUAGCGAGCGAGGAGGGGUACAAGGAGAGGAUUCUGCAGGUGCAUCCGACGCUGCGUGUGUUAGAUAACGAAAGGUUGCAGCCCAGGGUCCGACCUGCUGAGAAGGAAGAGGACGGAGCAAAGGACAGUCAGAAGCCGCAACGCGCUCAGCGGCCCAGACGCGACGUCAAGGUGGACGACAGGGCCGAAGAGGAAGACGACGAUGAAGCGGCUCAAAUGGCUGCACAGAUGCGAGAAUUGCGUCGUGGCAAGCCUGCACCGAAAGGGAGCGCCCGAGAGGCCCGCAAAGAGAAGUCCGAACCCAAGGACGAGGACCAAGAUGACGACGAAGCAGCACAGAUGGCCGCCGAGAUGCGGGCGCUCCGUCGCGGUCAAGCACCACCCUCUCGACCCGACACCAAGACAAACUCGUCCAAGACCAAGCUCAAAGGCAAAUCGCAGCCAAAAAGCCUUAUCACCGCCUCCGCCGAAGACUCUGUCGACCACGCCAAGCCCAAACACAAACGCGGCUCUCGCGCUGGCAAGAAGGUUAACAAACUCAACACCGAACCCACCUCCUCUUCCCAGAAAAGCAAAGAUCCGCAAAAGUCCGAUAAGAGUGAGAGCAGUUUCUUCGAAACCGUCGACGAAGCAGCGGAAAAGCAGCGUCUCGCGCCCAUCUACGAGCUCUCGAAAAAACGUGCCAAGAUCGCCUCUGGUCGAACGGAGGUAGCCGAAGGAGUGCUCGAAGACGCCUCAUCGACUCUCUCCAAAGCACGACGAAAGGAAGUUCAACGGCGGACCGAGCUCGACACGUUCGACGAAAACAGCACGGCUGCGGGACGUCCCAAGAGUGCUGCACCUGUCAAAGCAGCGUCGAAGAAGCCGCAGCAGGAGGACAAGCCCGAACAGCAAAACACGAGCGUAGCAGGCAUCAUCGAUCUGCGCAAACAGGCCAAGAAGGAGGCAGAGAGGGGAGGCAAGAAGCGAAAGGCGAAUGCGAACGACAUUGGAGGUGGCGAUGAGGGCAAGAAGAAGGUCAAAGCGAGUCUGCCUUUUGUCUCGCAGAACGUGGCCGAAGUCACGAAGACCAAGGCGAGCGACUCAUUUGGGUCCGGUGGGGACGCUUGGGGCGAUGCAGGUGCAGGUGCAUGGGCUUAG